AUGUCAGCCGUGUCAGGCCGGAGUAGUGGUGGGGGAGAAGGAAGGAAGGGUCGUGACUUUGCUGGGGACACCAACCUAGGCAACGGUAAAGAACACCAUUCAGGGUGGCGGAUCAAGGCCGGAAAACCUAAGCAGCCAAGCAGCCGUCUUCCAGAAGGUCGGCGGCGGCGGCGGCGGCAGCAGCAGCAGCAGCACUACCGGCAACAUCACCAGCAGCACCGAAUCUCCAAGCAGGUCAAGAAAAUACGGGUGUUAGCCGAAGCCUCGAGGCUUCUGGGAAUGAAGACGCUGCUUCCUAAAGUAUUUGAACGAAAUAUUUGUUAA